AUGGAAACGAACAAAGAAGCUCAAGGUGAGCUUCGCUCCGAUUCGGCACUACAGGAUGCCAGUCCUCCUGAAUCCAAGACAAGAACAGCAACUGCAGUACUCCAAAAUCCACUGGCCAACAUGACACAUGACGAAUUGAUCGCCGAUGCGGAGAAAUUUGCUCAAGAUAAGGGGCUGGACAGCUUCAGCCCAUGUUUUUCCAAGGGCGCACUCAUAGCCAAAGUUAUCAACACGCCCAAAGGAUACGAGGCGAUAGAGGAGUUGACCGAAGAGGAUAAGGAGAUCUUAAGGAACGAAGAUGAGCAUCGUUGGAAGUCUCAGCCAAAGAUGCUUUACCUCCUCUGCGCAUUGUGUGCGGGUUGCGCUGUUGUACAGGGCAUGGAUCAAACAGUCAUCAAUGGUGCACAGCACUUCUACUUCGAAGAGUACAAAAUUCAAGAACGAGCAUUGCAAGGCUUGACCAACGGCGCUCCCUAUGCUUCUGCAGCGCUCAUCGGAUGUUGGCUCAAUGCUCCAUUGAAUAAGUACUUCGGCCGUCGAGGAACCAUCGCUUUUUCCUGUCUCUUAGCUUUCAUCACAGGAAUCUGGCAAGCUGCUGCUAACAAUUGGAUAUGUCUCCUCAUCGCACGCUUCACUCUCGGUCUCGCAGUUGGUGCCAAGUCAAGUACCACCCCUAUAUACGCAGCCGAAUGUGCACCCAAAGCGAUCCGAGGCGCCUUGACCAUGAUGUGGCAGAUGUGGACGGCUUUCGGCAUCAUGCUCGGGUUUGCUUCUUCGUUAGCUUUUCAGAACCUGAAAUGGCCGAAUCAGUUUGCACCUUGGAGAUGGAUGAUCGGUUCGACAGCUCUUCCACCGUUGAUUGUUGGCCUUCUCGUCUUCUUUCUCCCCGAGAGCCCUCGUUGGUACAUGGAUAGGGGGGAUUUUCAGAAGGCAUACCUUUCGCUUAGGAAGCUUCGCCGGGAUGACCUUCAAGCUGCUCGGGAUUUGUAUCUUGCUUGGAAAUUCUUGGAGGCCGAGCAAAACUCUAAAGAAGGCCGAAAUCCUCUGAAGGAGUUCUUCACAGUUCGGAGGAAUUGGAGAGCUGCUCAGUCUUCGUGGUUCUGUAUGCUGAUGCAGCAGUUCUGUGGUGUGAACGUAAUCGCAUAUUACAGCACCAAGAUCUUCACAGACGCAGGAUAUACCCGAUCUCAAGCCCUCCUGGCCUCGUUUGGUGGCGGUGCCAUCAACUGGAUCUUUGCCCUGCCUGCAAUUUGGACCAUUGAUACCUUUGGCCGCCGAAACCUCCUGCUCAUUACAUUUCCCAUGAUGAGUGCUUGUCUGUAUUGGACUGGCUCAUGCUUCGGUAUUCAAGACAACGGCCUUCGUCUUCCUCUCAUUGCCACCAGUAUCUACAUCUUCAUGGCGGUUUACUCACCUGGUCUCGGUCCUGUUCCCUUUACAUAUAGCGCCGAGGCAUUCCCCUUGCAUAUCCGAGCUCUUGGUAUGGCUUCAGCAACAUCGAUCACAUGGUCUUUCAACUUUUUACUCAGCUUUACAUGGCCUAUGAUGGAAAGGUCAUUUACACCCUCAGGUGCCUUUUAUUGGUAUGCAACAUGGAACGGCGUCGGGUUCAUUUUUACGUAUUUCCUGCUCCCAGAGACGAAAGCACUGUCGUUGGAGGAACUGGAUAUCGUGUUUAGCGUUCGGAAUCGUGAUCAUGUUCGAUACUACUCCAAGCGACUGGGAUGGUAUACAAAGCGUGUCAUGGGUCGUAGCCUGGAUCCUAUGCCACCGCUGUAUGAGUUGGAGAAUUCUACGGUGCCAUCGAUGUCUGAAGUGGCAGUCAAACAGACGAUUAACUCAUCUGUCUAA